AUGGUCCACCGUUCGUACGUAAUGGGUGCUCUAACACCGCACUUCUGUACUAAUGCUUAUCUUGUUCUUCUCCUGCUGCAUGCUCCACUCAACCCAUCAACCGACGCACCGGUAGGCCACAGCGGCGUCAAUCAGCUGGGAGGUAUAUUCGUUGGCGGUAGACCUCUGCCUGAUUCCACACGCCAACGCAUCGUGGAGCUGGCCCAUGCCGGUGCCCGACCAUGUGAUAUUUCGCGCAUCCUUCAGGUGUCGAAUGGAUGCGUUAGCAAAAUUCUCGGCCGGUACUACGAAACUGGUAGCAUCCGGCCGCGUGCGAUCGGUGGUUCGAAACCGCGUGUCGCCACGCCGGAAGUGGUGAACAAGAUUUCACAGUUCAAGAACAACUGUCCGAACAUUUUCGCCUGGGAGAUCCGGGACAAGCUGCUGAACGAGCGUAUCUGUACGCCGGAGAAUAUCCCCAGCGUUUCCUCCAUCAACCGGGUACUGCGCAAUCUGGCCGCCCAGAAAGAGUUCAGCAAGAAACCGCACUCUUCGGACACGCUGAGCGACGACGUUGGUGGCUAUCUGCAGGGCAAAUCGCUCAACGAUGCAUCCUUUCUGCACUACAAGUACGGUGACAGUUGCCGUUCGAUGCAGGGUGCGGAAUCGGUGCUGCGCAUCAACGAUACCUACAACCGGGCUGGUGGUGGUAGUGGUGGUGGCGGUGGAGCCGGUGGCGGAACGGAUACGAACGAUGUUAAACCGAUGUCGGACGACGGGAAGAAUCCGUUCGCCAAACACUGCUUCACCAACCUAGACGCGGGAGUGCCCGGUACGGGAGCGGGAACGGGGACCGGGCCUGGCGGGCAGGGUACGAAGCAAGUGUUCGUCGACAAUGAUACUGAGCGGUUGAGCUUGAAGCGAAAGUUGCAGCGCAACCGCACGUCCUUCACCGUCGAUCAGAUCGAGUUUCUCGAGAAGGAGUUCGAGCGGACGCACUAUCCGGAUGUGUUUUCCCGUGAACGAUUGUCUUCCAAAACCAACCUGCCGGAGGCAAGAAUUCAGGUUUGGUUCUCUAACCGACGUGCUAAAUGGCGCAGAGAGGAGAAACAACGAUCCCAAGCCGUGUCGGAGGGCAGCUCUUCAGCAGCGGCCGCAGCAGCAGCAGCCGCCGCCGCCGCUGCAGCCGUCGCCGUACAGAACGCAUCCAUCUCAUCCUGCUCGCUGAACCUAAGCGCACCGCUCGUUUCGCACGUGUACGAUUCGAACAUGUGCGUGGAGGACUCGAACAGCAACUACCUGAGCAAAACCUACCCCUUGGAACCUUCGUUCCAGAACCUCGACGCACUCAAAUCACCUUCCGCCCCGAACCAUCCGGCUCCACCGCAACAGAUCUCGCCGGCCGCCAUGUCGUUCAAGCUGUCCUUCCCGAACGGUGGCGGUGGUGGUGCUAGUGCCGUCGGUCCUAAUGGUGGUGGUGCUGGGACCGCCGGCAGUGUCGGUAGCGGACCGGACGGGUCGGCCGCGAAUCUGAUGGGCACGGUACCCAGCCUUGGCAGCAAUGCCGGCUUCCCGCACGCAUCUACCUCAGACGACAAGUCGCUGUACAACCAUUUCGCCUACUCGGCCGCCGCCAACAUGCACCACAGCUAUUCGGCGGCGGCGGCCGCCGCCGUCGACCAGUCCUACAAUGGGAUGUACCUGAAAAACCAGCUGUACAACCUGCCGACCAAUGCCGGCGUACUCAGCUUCCAGUCCACGCUCGAGUGGAACAAGAGUUAAUGGCACGGGGCCGCCCUCGAGUCGGCUCCCUCAUCGACCGGUGGCGACCGGUAUCAGUAGUAGCAGUAGUGCCACUACACCUAUAGCCUGA